CUUCUUUCUUUCUACAAGUAAACAAAAUAUCCACCUAUCUUAAUGAAUCAUUUUUAAACAUUUUUUAUAAAAUAAUGAUAGUCAACAAAUUUCUAUAAAUUAAAUUUUAUGUAUAUACAAGAGCAACUAUUCGAAUAUAUAGUGGUUGCUUCCAGCUGAUAAUGUUUGAGGAUUUCCAAGAAAAUUAGUCGAUUAAUCAGUUGAAAUGUUAGCACCAGAGACUGGCUCUACCAACUACGCAUCUUCUGACGGUAACCCAAACACAAACACAUUCAUGAGAAAAAUAUCUGGUAUUCUGGGGGUUUCGAGUUCAGAGACCCAUGCAAGUGAUGGGGGACCAACCUAUGUUGAAUUCGGUACCUUUAAUGAAACCUCUGAGACGAGAACACUUGGAACUUUCGCUGGAGUUUUCAGUCCAGUUACCUUAUCUAUGUUUUCAGCUUUAAUAUUUCUUCGGAUGGGGUAUAUUGUUGGAAAUGCUGGUCUCAUAGUAACAUUGCUGCAGUUUGCUAUAGCUUAUGUUAUUUUGGUAUCGACAGUUGCCUCAGUAUGUGCUAUAUCGACAAAUGGUGCAGUAGAAGGGGGCGGAGCAUAUUUUAUGAUAAGUAGAACACUGGGACCAGAGUUUGGUGGAUCGAUAGGAACUUUAUUUUUCUUUGCGAAUAUUGUUAGCAGUGCACUUUGCAUCUCAGGUUGCAUAGAAGGCUUAGUUGAAAAUUUUGGACCAUCAGGGUAUCUUCUGAAAGGUAUUAUUCCAGAUGGAGUAUGGUGGAAAUUUUUAUAUUGCUCCGGUUUGAAUACAUUAAAUUUGUUAGUGUGCUUAAUAGGAGCUGGAAUGUUUGCCAAAACUACAGUAUUUAUAUUGGCAAUAGUUUGCAGUUGCUUGGGCAUUACGGUCUUUAGUUUUAUCUAUCAAGGCUCGAUGAUGGUUGAUAUUCCAGAAUCAAACAAAUUAGUGCAUAAUAUCACUCAGGCUAAUUAUACAGGGUUAAAUAUACAGACCUUGUCCGAUAAUCUUUAUCCGCAGUAUGGAAUAGAUUAUACCUCUCAUGGUGAUCUAGUAACUUUCUCUACUGUUUUUGGGGUGUUAUUCUCAGGUGUCACAGGAAUUAUGGCUGGUGCCAACAUGAGUGGUGAAUUGAAAUCUCCAGGCAAAUCAAUACCCUCGGGUACAUUAUCUGCCGUUGCGUUCACCUUUAUUAUAUACUUAGUAGUUUCUGUAUUAACAGCUGCGACGUGUAGCCCUUUUCUCAUGCAGAACAAUUACUUAUUUAUGGCGGGAGUAAGUGUAAUCCCAACUACUGUAGCGGUUGGACUACUCACUGCUACCUGGUCUGCUAGUUUAAGCAACGUAAUUGGUGGAUCUAGGGUCCUUGAAGCUUUGAGCAAAGAUAAUGUUUAUGGUCCUUUGCUCUCAUUCAUACCUAAAGGUACAUGGAGAGGUAACCCGAUAGCCGCAGUACUCGUUUCUUGGAUCUUGGUGCAGCAGGUCCUUCUGAUAGGAUCUUUGAACUUAAUUGCUCAACUGAACUCGGUGUUAUUUCUGCUCAGCUAUUUGGCCACGAACUUGGCUUGCCUCGGUUUGGAAGUAGCAAGCGCUCCUAAUUUCAGACCUUCCUUCAUAUAUUUCACGUGGCAUACAGCUUUUAUUGGUCUCAUGGGUACCAUCAUCAUGAUGUUUGUCAUCAGUCCGAUUUAUUCAGCUUCGAGCAUCUUAUUGUGCACUCUUUUGGUUAUGCUGUUACAUCUAUUUUCUCCCUCAAAGGAAGCUCAAUGGGGAAGUAUAUCACAAGCGCUUAUAUUCCACCAGGUUAGAAAAUACCUUUUAUUGCUUGAUUCAAGAAAAGAUCAUGUGAAAUUCUGGAGACCUCAAGUUCUCCUUUUAGUGAACAAUCCAAGAACUGCCUGUCCGCUCAUUGAUUUCGUUAAUGUUCUGAAAAAGGGUGGAUUGUACGUUUUGGGACAUGUGAUCAAAGGUGAUUCAAAUACUGCAGGUCCCGAUCCAACGCUGGAAGCUAAUUCUCAUUGGUUGAAUCUGAUAGACCAUUUGAAAGUGAAGGCUUUCGUUGAAUUGACAGUUGCGAAUACAGUGAGGGAAGGAUCGAAACAUUUAAUGCGGAUAUCUGGAAUGGGAGCUAUGAAACCGAAUACUGUGAUAUUAGGAUUUUUAGGAGAUGAGUAUUCAGAAGAUUUCUUAAGAAGUAACGAAUCUUCAUACAGAAAUUUGGAAUUCAGUAGUGAAGUAUUCCCAUUGGAAGAUGAAUCCUCUCUGCAACCUGUUGAAUACAUCCAGAUCAUGAGCGAUGUUUUGAAAUUAAAGAAAAAUCUGUGUAUCUGCAGAAAUUUCUACAAAUUGAAGAAGGAUUUGAACAAAGACGGACACCAAUUCAUCGAUGUUUGGCCUGUCAACUUCCUUAACCCAGCAGAAAACGAUGCCUUCGACGUGAUAUCUCUAUUCAUGAUGCAACUAGCAUGUAUCGUCAAUAUGGUUAACGUUUGGAGCAAGCUCAAGAUGCGGAUUUGCGUUUGUGAUGAAGCAAGGCAAGCUUCAUUCAGUAUAAAUUCUUCUCCACAAAGUUACGCAGAGAAAUUAUCUUCUCUGUUGAAGGACUUGAGGAUUCAAGCAGAAAUAUGCCAUGUUAGCUCUUGGAAAAACGUGAUUGAGGCUCGCUACGAUAAUUCAGAUGAUUAUUUUGAAAGAAUUAAUAAUUUAAUAGUACAGGGAAGUGAAGACACUGCAGUAACCUUCAUUUACCUUCCAACUCCACCCUCGACAGACGAUGCGGCAGAAUCUUAUUUCAGAAAACUCGAAAUGAUCUCAAAUAAUUUACCACCUACAAUCUUUGUACAUGGAGUUAAUAUGGUUACAUCAACAACUCUUUAAUCUCCAAAAAUAAAGAUUUUUGUAUUUUAAGUUUUAACUAGGUCAUUUUUAUCUAUAAUACUCUAUUUUCAUAAAAUACUUUUUUAUAUUUUAAGUAUUGAAAACAUUUACUAUUAUAUUAAAUUUUACUUGAUUUAAGUUUGAUAAGAAUCUUUAAUCUAUUAUCAGUUGAUUGCAGUUUUAUGAAUGUUUCAAUAUAUUUUUGUAAAAAUUACUACAAUUGUAAAGACUUCUACAAAUAAUCUGUGAUGAAACAUGUUAAAAUAUAAAUAUGAAGUAUU